AUGACCAUAAAGUCAGUUAAGUAUUUAUAUAAGUACAUUUACAAAGGGCAUGACUGUGCCAAUGUGGUGAUAAAUGAGCAAGUUAACCAUGAUGAAAUAAACACGUUUUUAAAUUGUCGCUAUGUCUCAGCUCCAGAAGCAUUGUGGCGAAUAUUUGAGUAUUCUUUAAGUGAUAUGUCACAUAACAUCAUUCGACUUCAGGUUCAUCUGCCAGAUAAUCAGAUGAUAUAUUUUGUAGAAGGCGAAGAACAGGCAGCUUUAGACCGUGCAGCACAGCGUGACACUCACCUAACUGCAUGGUUUAAAUUAAAUGUUGAAAAUGAACAAGCCCGACACUAUCCAUAUGUUGAAAUUCCUUACCACUUUGUUUUUGAUAGCAAACAUUGUAAAUGGAAAGUUAGGCAAAGAGGUAGCAAUAAGGUGAUUGUUAGGAUGUUUAAAGUGAGUCCAAUAGGUGAAAUAUUUUAUCUUAGAAUGUUACUUUUGCAUGUUAGAGGUGCAGUUUCUUUUGAAGAUUUGCGUACUGUUAAUGGUACAGUUUUUAAUUUAUUCCGAGAAGCAUGUUCUCAAUUAGGUCUGUUACAAGACGACGCUGAAUGGAGAAAUACAUUAACUGAGGCUGCUGCAACUCGGUUGCCAAAUCAAAUUUGA